AAUAUCCAAAGCUGAAACGCACAAGCUGAUUGAACCUCAGGAGCUAACUUCAGAACCCAUUGGAACCUUAACAUUCUCAAACCCUCAACCCAUUCGAACCUCAGAAGCCAUUCAAAAAUCUCAAAAGCUUCAACCAUACUGAACCCAUUCGAAAAUCUGGUGCUUAGUUUUCUUCCCAAUCUCACCACCUAAUAUCUGCAGUUUUUAUUCCAUACAUCAACCCCACUUCUCUUCCGAUCAGGGUAUUUGCUGUUGGUUCAUAGAAAGUACCAUUCAAGAAGUAAAAUUUGCAGUUUUUAUUCCAUACAUCAAUUCCACCUCUCUUCUAAUCAGGGCAUUUGUUGUUGGUUCAGAGAAAGUACUCUUCAAGAAGGAAAAUGAAGACGGGUAAUGGCUUUCUAUUUGAUAUACAAGCUAAGUACAGCAAUGAAUUAUUGCGGAAGAUGAAUCAAAUCAAAGUUGAAAAUGCAAAAUCUUCAAAAGAAAGUAGUCAUGUAAACAUUAUUGGUGGAAACAUUCAAAAGUUAGACCAUCAUAAGCAGCCAUUGGCAAUUAGAAAUGUGAUUCAAACACAGCACAACAAGCAAGACCAACUGAAGCGGUCGUUGGAUAAUAUAGUUCCAGCCCAACAAAUGAAACCUAUUGAGUCAGACAAAGGGUUUGUUCACAGAGGUAUUAAGAGGCAAUUGGAAGUAGAAGCAUCUAAGAAAAUUGUUGAGCCGAUGAAAGGGUUUUGUGAGAACAAUAAUCUUAAGAAAUUGAAGUCUACCGUGGAUUAUCAACUUGAAGGUCCAACUAAAUCACAUUCCUCGAAGAAAUUUGAUGAGCAAUACAAAGAGGUAAGGCAGGAAAAUACUCUUAAAAGGCAAGGAAAAUCAACAUUUGGAAAUCAACUUAAAGGUUCAACUGAAUCAUAUGCCUUAAAGAAAUUUGAUGAGCAAAACAAAGAGGUAAGGCAGGACAAUACUCUUAAGAGGCAAGGAAAAUCAACCCUUGGAAAUCAAGUUCAAUGUUCAACCGAAUCACAUGCCUCAAAGAAAAUUGAUGAGCAAACCAAAGAGUUAAGGCAGAACAAUACUCUUAUGAGGCAAGGAAAAUCAACCACGGAAACAAAGUUCAAGGAUCAACGGUAGAUCGACAAGCCUGCAAGAACAAAAAAUAUAUUCCAAAAUGUCCCGCUUUGGCACUUGAUGAGUAUAUUGAAAUGAGGAAGGAACAACAUGUCAUAGAGGAAGCUGGUGAUGAAGAUAUAGAAGAAAAUGAAAUGGAAGAUGAUAUGGAGAAUGAUAUCAACUAUGAAAGUGAUGAAAUUGAAGGAGCCGAUGAAAAUGAAGUUGAAGGAUUAAUAAGAAAACGAAAACGAGGAAAGACUUUAUGUAAGAAUAUUCAUGCUCGAGAUUUCAAAAAUAGACAAGAGAUCACGUUGAAUGAAGAAGGACAACCAAUUGGACCAGAUGAAAAGAGAGUGGCUGAACUUAGUAGUUUUUUGGGGACAGUAGCAAGAAGUGCAGAUUUAUGUACUCUCACCUUCAAUAAUUGGAAGGCUUUGGUUAAGACUUGGAAUGAUGAAGAAAUCGAUCCAGUCUGGGAAUAUGUCAAUGAAAAAUACAUCAUCCCAGAGAAAGGAAAGAAGGAUGUAUUUGCUAUUGUAAGUGAUGCUUGGAGACGAUACAAAUACUUGAUUAAAAAGAAUCAUUUUACCAAGUACAAAACCAUGCGCGAGCGGUUAAAAAAUCGUCCAGAAGAGGUACCGGAAGAAGACUUUAAGAAGUUAUUGGUGUAUUGGAGAGAUAAAAACAGUCAAGAAGUAAGUCUGCAAAAUGCUCAAAAUAUUGCUCAACUGAAAUGGAGACAUCGAACGGGCAAUAAAGCCUUUGCUGUUAUAAGAGAAAAAAUGCGUGUAAGUAAUGAAGAUAAAGAGCCUCCCAGUCAAGCGGAAAUGUUCAUUGCUACACGUCAAAGUAAGAAAGGAAAAGAGCUGGAUCAAGAAACCAAUACUGCAAUUAUAAAGCUUCAAGACUUAAUUGAGAAACAUGGGAAGCCUUCUGAAGAAGCCUUUCAAAGUGUAUGCGGCAAAGAAAAACCUGGCAGACUUCGUUGCCACGGAAGAACUACAACUAUGACUCUAUUGAAGAGAAAUGAAGAAAUUGCAAGACUUAGAAAAGAACAUAAUGAUGAGGUAAAACAAUUUAGGGAUCAGAUACAAGAAAUAGAAGAGAAACGGCGUAAGGAAACAAAAGCAAUGGAAGGAAAAAUUCAGAUUCUUCUUAAGGCCAUGUUGAGUCAAAACACCACUGGGUUGGAUACAGAGGCUUUGGCAGAUUUGAUAACAACUUCUACAGCUGAUGCUAAGAAUGUAUUGCGUUCUUCUACGUCAAUAUUUGCUCAAGAUGAUAAUGAGAUGAAUAAUGAUGAUAUCAAUGAAGAAUUUGAAGAUUUGGAAGCACAAGAUGAAGAGAUAUAGAUGUGUGUUUAUAUAUAUAUAUAUAUAUAUAUAUAUAUAUAUUUUAAAGAUGUUCAUUGUGAUCAAAGAUAAACUUAAUCUA